AGGUAGGUUGCGUCAUUUCUUAGAAUCGGAGGACGAGGCACCGCCUCGCGCCUGCAGACCGCAGCACUCGCUCAGCACUCGCUGCUCGCUCGCUCGGCCACCGCGACGCUCAUCAUCAUACACUUGAUCGCGCGUACCUUAAUGUGACUACUUUCCAAGUGUAGCGACUAAACAUUUUUGUCCUGAGUCGAGAAUUAAAUUGCAGGUAAAUAAAGUGACAGCAUGCCAGUGAGCGGAUUAACUGACGCGAGGCCGGAGGAUGACAUCGUGAUGACGGGGCUGUCGGGCCGGCUGCCGGAGUCCGACAGCAUCGAGGAGUUCGCCGCCAACCUGUUCGGGGGCGUCGACAUGGUCACCGCCGACGACCGCCGCUGGCCAAAAGGUCUUCACGGACUGCCAGAACGCAAUGGAAAACUCAAAGAUCUGGCGCACUUCGACGCUACAUUCUUUGGCGUACACGCCAAGCAAGCGCAUCUCAUGGACCCGCAACAGCGCAUACUAUUGGAGCUUACACACGAGGCCAUUGUCGAUGCUGGUUUCAAUCCUGUAGAACUGCGCGGCUCGCGAACAGGCGUUUUCGUGGGCGUGUCCAACUCCGAGACGGACGAGAUGUGGACUCAAGAUCCCGACAAGAUCAACGGUUACUCACUGACUGGUUGCUGCCGCGCCAUGUUCCCGAACCGCAUCUCGUACACGUUCGACCUGAAGGGGCCGUCGUACGCCAUCGACACGGCGUGCUCCAGCUCCAUGUUCGCGCUGUCGCAGGCGGUGGCCGCCAUGCGCGCGGGGCACUGUGACGCCGCCGUGGUCGCCGGCGCCAACCUGUGUCUCAAGCCCGGCAACUCCCUCAACUUCCACCGGUUGAGCAUGCUGUCCCCGGAGGGUCGCUGCGCGGCGUUCGAUGCGGAAGGACGAGGUUACGUGCGUUCGGAAGCAGUCGUAGUGGUGCUCCUUCAAAAGCGUAUGAAUGCAAGGAGAGUGUACGCUACAAUUCGCGGUGCACGAACAAACACAGAUGGUUUCAAAGAACAAGGAAUAACGUACCCAACAGGUGCCAUGCAGAAGCGACUCGCAGCAGAAACAUUCGCGGAAGCUCGUCUGCAACCGCAGGACGUUACCUACGUCGAAGCCCAUGGCACCGGUACUAAGGUAGGAGACCCACAAGAAGUAAACGCCAUCGCCGACCUGUUCUGCAAGGACCGCAAGACGCCGCUGCUGCUGGGCUCGGUGAAGUCCAACAUGGGCCACUCGGAGCCCGCCUCGGGGCUGUCCGCGAUCGCAAAGGUUCUCAUCGCAAUGGAACGGGGCGUCAUUCCUGCAAACCUUCAUUUCCAGAGUCCCAAUCGGGAAAUUCCCGCUUUAAAUGAUGGAAGAAUCAAGGUGGUAGAUACACACACAAAAUGGGAUGGCGGGCUCGUGGCAGUGAACUCGUUCGGUUUCGGUGGAGCCAACGCUCACAUCAUCCUGGAAUCAGAACGCAGCAAGCGGCCGAGAGUGACGCACAGCGGGGCGUUGCCGCGCGUCGUGGUCGCGUCGGGCCGCACGGAGGAGGCCGUGACGGCCUUGUUGCGGCAGGCUGCGGCUCACCGCGACGACGCCGAGCUCCACGCCCUGAUGGACGCCGUACACGCGCAAAAUAUUCCCGGGCACUCUUUCAGGGGAUACUCCAUCCUUACUGAUACUCCGGUCGAAGAGAUCGUGGAGACAGAGGGCAGCGGCGAGAGGCGCCCGCUGUGGUUCGUGUUCUCCGGCAUGGGGUCGCAGUGGGCGGGCAUGGCGCGCGACCUCAUGCGCCUGCCCGCGUUCGCGGCCACCAUCGCGCGCGCGGCCGCCGCUCUGCGUCCUCAUGAUGUAGACCUCGUCCACAUCUUGACAGAGGCGCCCGAAAAGGCCUUCGAGGAAGUCAUCAACUCCUUCGUUUCCAUUGCCGCCGUGCAGGUGGCGCUUGUAGAUGUAUUGCGUGCGGUCGGACUGCGGCCAGAUGGCAUUGUUGGACACUCCGUCGGAGAAUUAGGUUGCGCUUACGCUGACGAAACUCUAACAGUUGAACAAACUGUGCUGGCGGCUUACUGGCGUGGCCAUAGUAUUGUAAACGCCAAGCUGGCGCCGGGCGCCAUGGCCGCCGUCGGCCUCACGUGGGAGCAGUGCGAGGAGCGCUGUCCUCCGGAGAUCAUACCGGCCUGCCACAACGCGAACGACAGCGUUACAGUUUCGGGUCCAGUCGCUUCUAUAGAAAAAUUUGUUGCGGCUUUAUCUUCAGAAGGGGUUUUCGCUCGUCGUGUUAACAGCAGUGGUGUUGCGUUUCAUAGCAAGUACAUUGCAGCUGCGGCGCCACUGCUGCGCAAGCGACUUGAGACAGUUAUUUCCAACCCCAAACCACGAUCUAAGAAAUGGAUCUCCUCCUCGUUGCCUCAAGAUAAAUGGGAAUCUGAAAUAGCGAAGCUGAGCAACGCGGAGUACCACGUGAACAACCUGCUGUCGCCGGUGCGGUUCGCGACGGCGCUGCGGGCGCUGCCGGAGCGCGCGCUGCUGCUGGAGGUGGCGCCGCACGCGCUGCUGCAGGCCGUGCUGAAGCGCGCGCUGCCGGCGCCGGCCGCGCACGUGGCGCUCGUGCGCAAGGACGCGCCCGACGCCGCGCUGCAUCUGCUCGCCAGCAUCGGCAAGAUCUACGCGGCCGGCGGGCAGCCUCGCGUGGGGCAGCUGUACGAGCGCGUGGAGUUCCCCGUCUCCCGCGGCACGCCGGGGCUGGCCUCCAGCGUCCUGUGGGACCACUCCACCGAGUGGAGCGUGGCGCACUUCGGCAACAACCAGCGCACGGGGGAGAGCGUGUUCGAGUUCGACCUGAACCGUGCCGAUGACGCUUUUCUGGCCGGACAUCAGAUUGAUGGCCGCGUGCUUUUCCCCGCCACCGGCUACAUUAUGCUUGUCUGGAGAACGGUUGCGAAAUUACACAAUAAAAACAUCGAAGAUACCCCGAUAGUCAUCGAAGAUUUGAAUUUGAUUCGUCCCACUAUAAUCAACCGGGAGACACCAGUACGUUUUUCAGUUAACAUCCUAGAUGGCACCGGCCAGUUCGACAUCUGCGAGGGCGGCAGUGUUGCUGUCACCGGAAGGGUACGGUUCACUGACGAACCGAAGAAGGAGUGGUUAAAUUUAGAGAUGCCCAAAGCGGCGAACGAGCCGAACCUAUUGCCUCUCACAUCUCAAGAUGUUUACAAAGAAUUGCGUUUACGUGGCUAUGAUUAUAAAGAUAUUUUUCGUGGUAUUAAAACGGCUAACGCACGCGGUACGGAUGGCGAGUUAUUCUGGCAUAAUAACUGGAUUUCUUUCACGGAUACAUUACUGCAGUUUCAUAUAAUCACUAAGGAAACACACGAGCUGCCAACGCGCAUCCAACGGGUGCUUAUUGACCCAGAGGCACAGAAGGCGGCAGUCAAUGCUGCAGUGAAUCAAGGAGCCCCCUCACUCGUGGUGCGCCGCUGUUUGGACACUGAUAUCACUGUGUGCGGAGGCGUUGAGUUGCGUGGAGUUAAGACUAGUAUUGCACCUCGCCGUCUCAACCCGCAGGCACCACCAAAACUGGAGAAGUACGUGUUUUUGCCAUACGAUAACGCAAACGUUACUACAGAGGAUACUUCGCGUUCAAAGCGAGAUGCAUUGACUGUGAGUCUUCAGCUGCUGCUUGAGAAUGCGGGCACUUUACGGCUGAAGCUAUGUGAAGCAGCAUUGGAGCGGCCGGUGGAAGCGCUGCUGAUGCCGCUGACGAUACAAACACUGGAGGCUGAGCCGCAAGUACGCGUGGAGGCGAGCGUGGCCGCCGGGGCAAAUACGGCACCAUACAAUGCAGUGUUGCAGGAAUAUGGAGUUAAGGUGACAUCCAAAAACGGUACGGAUGUAGCUCCUGAUAGCGAAUGCCACUUGGUAUUGGCAACCGAUGUGAUAUCUCGACAUAAAGCUGGCGUGCUCGGCAACCUGGUGGCCGCGCUCGGCGCCGGCGGCAUGCUGCUGCUGGAGGAGCCGCACGGCGCCCUGGACGACCGCGCCGCCGCCGACAUGCUGGCGCGCGCCGGCCUCGUGCUCGUCUCCCGUCAGGUCACCGCCACCUGCGACUAUAUCAUGUUGCGCCGCAAAGUCACGCUUCCUAAGGAACAGGUCGUCAUCGAGAUCGGAGAAGACGACGAGUACAAUUGGGUGGAGCCCCUGCGCGAGGCGAUGAAGCGCGCUGAGAGCGAAGACAUGCGCAUCUACGUGGUGUCGCGCGCGGCCAGCAGCGGCGUGCUGGGGCUGAGCACGUGCCUGCGCGGCGAGCCCGGCGGCGGCGCCGUGCGCGCGUUCCUGUUGCCGGGCGCCGCCCACGCCGUCACCGCGCCCGCUUACAGCGCGCAGCGGGACAAGGACCUCGUGUCCAAUGUGCUGCGCGCUAAUGUCUGGGGCAGCUACCGACAUCUGCUACUCAAUGACUCCGCUGAAGCUAAAUUGCAGGUAGAGCACGCCUACGUUAAUGCCCUUGUUCGCGGCGACUUGUCCUCGCUGCGCUGGAUAGAGAGCCCGCUGCGGUUCGCGGGCGAGCAGCAGCGGGGGCCGGGCUCCGAGCUGUGCCACGUGUACUACGCGCCGCUCAACUUCCGCGACGUCAUGCUGGCCACCGGCAAGCUGCCGCCCGACGCGCUGCCCGGCAACCUCGCCGGACAGGAAUGCAUACUGGGCCUGGAAUUCAGCGGCCGCUCCUCGUCAGGCAAGCGCGUGAUGGGCAUGGUGGCGGCCCGCGGGCUGGCCACUACUGUCGCCGCGGACAAGGGCUUCCUGUGGGAGGUGCCCGCCAAGUGGACGCUGGAAGAAGCCGCCACGGUCCCCGUCGCCUACGCUACGGCCUACUACGCGCUGACAGUCCGCGGGCGCAUGCGCAGCGGAGAGUCCGUGCUGAUCCAUGCGGGCACGGGCGGCGUCGGGCAGGCGGCCAUCGCCAUCGCUCUGCACGCGGGCUGCGAGGUGUUCACCACCGUGGGCACGCCCGACAAGAGGGCCUUCCUCCGCCAGCGCUUCCCGCAGCUGGAAGACGCCAACAUCGGCAACUCCCGCGACAUCUCGUUCGAGCAGCUCGUGCUGCGACGCACUCGCGGCCGCGGAGUGGACCUCGUGCUCAACUCGCUGGCGGGAGACAAACUGCUGGCCUCGGUGCGCUGUCUGGCGGAGGGCGGACGGUUCCUCGAGAUCGGGAAACUCGACCUCUCAGAAAACACGCCCCUGGGCAUGUCCAUCUUCCUGAAGAACACGACGUUCCACGGCAUCCUGCUGGACGCGCUGUUCGAGGCGGGCGGCGAGCACCCCGAGAAGGCGGCCGUGUGCCGCUGCCUGAGCGAGGGGCUCGCGAGCGGCGCCGUGCGGCCGCUGCCGGCCACCGUGUACGGCGACCAGCAGCUCGAGGCGGCCUUCAGGUACAUGGCGACGGGCAAGCACAUCGGCAAGGUGGUGCUGCGCGUGCGCGACGAGGAGCCCGGCGCCGCGCCCGCGCGCCCCUCCGCCAAGCUGCUCUCUGCCAUUCCCCGCACAUACUUCCAUCCUGCCAAGAGUUAUGUCUUAGUCGGUGGUCUGGGCGGGUUUGGCUUGGAGCUGGGGUCGUGGCUGGUGAAGCGCGGCGCCACCAAGCUCGUGCUGAACUCCCGCAGCGGCGUGCGCACCGGGUACCAGGCCUGGUGCAUCAACAGAUGGCGUGAAAAGGGUGUUACUGUAGCAGUGUCAAAUAUAGAUGCUACCACUUUGGAGGGGGCAAAACAGCUUCUUCGGGAAGCUGCUCGACUGGGCCCAGUCGACGGCGUGUUCAACUUGGCCGCCGUGCUGCGGGACGCCUAUCUCGAGAAUCUCACUCCCGCCGACUUCAAAGUCGUUGCUAAGCCUAAAGUGGACGGCACGAAAGCCCUCGACCAGGCGACCCGCGAGCUGGCGCCCGAGCUGGACUACUUCGUGGCGUUCUCGUCGGUGUCGUGCGGGCGCGGCAACCCCGGGCAGACCAACUACGGGUUCGCGAACUCCGUCAUGGAGCGCGUCUGCGAGCAGCGCCAGGCGGACGGGCUGCCGGCGCUCGCCGUGCAGUGGGGCGCCAUCGGCGAGGUGGGGCUGAUCGUGGAGACCAUGAACGACGACGCGGUGGUGGGCGGCACGGUGCCGCAGCGCAUCGCGUCGUGCAUGGAGGCGCUGGGCGCGCUGCUGGCGCGGCCGCACGCGGUGGCGGCCUCCAUGGUGCUGGCCGACAAGAGGCCUGCUGGGCAACAGCAACAACAAGAUGUGGUGCAUGCUGUUGCCAACAUCCUGGGUAUCAAAAAUCCGAAAAAAACUUCCGACUCGGCAAGCUUGGCCGAGCUGGGCAUGGACUCGCUGAUGGGCGCGGAGAUCAAGCAGACGCUGGAGCGCAGCUACGACCUGGUGCUGGGCGUGCAGGAGAUCCGCACGCUCACGUUCGCCAAGCUGCGCGAGCUCACCGGCGGCGAGCCGGGCGCGGCGCCGGCGCCGGCCGCGAAGGAAGAUAUACCGGAGCAAAAGGUGGAGGAUCUGGUGCAGUUGGCCGACAUGGCCGAGCUUAUGCCCAAGGAAGUUUUGGUGAAAAUGCCAAGCGCACCCACGCUUGGAAAUUCACAACCAGUAUUCAUGAUCCACCCAGCAGAAGGCGUGGUGGACCUGCUGCGGCCGGUGGCGGCGGCGGUGCGCGCGCCCGUGUACGGGCUGCAGUGCACGGCGGGCGCGCCGCUGGCCGACAUGGCGGCGCUCGCCAACUUCUACAUAGCGCACAUCCGCUCCGUGCAACCGAACCCACCAUAUCUGCUGCUCGGAUACUCGUUCGGAGCGGUCGUCGCCUUUGAGAUGGCGUUCCAGCUUGAAAAGGAGGGCUGCGAAUCAAGCGUGGUCAUGGUAGAUGGCUCCCCCGCCUACGUGGCCAUGCACACUGCCGUUGGUACGAGUAAAACAGCAGUGCGAACCCAAGCCAGCGACGAAUCCGACGCCCUGGUCGCGUUCUUGAGACUUUUCAAAGAAGGAGAUUUCACGAAGAUGUCCAUGGAGUUAGAGAAACUUCCAAAUUGGGAAGCGCGUAUGGCGCGCGUGCAGGCUGAGCUGGAGGGGCUCACGCCACAUUCUCCCGUCGAGCUCGGCGCGGCCGCCUUGUCGUUCUACCGCAAAUUAGCUCUCGCCGACACCUACAAGCCGAGCGGGCGCAUCUCCGCGCCGGUGACGCUGUUCCGCGCUCGCGACAACUACGUGCUGACGGUGGGGGAGGACUACGGCCUGCGGGCCCUGUGCGCGGGCCCGCUGUCGCUGCAGCAGCUGCCGGGCACGCACCGCUCCGUGGUGACGGGCGCGCCGGCGCUCACCAUCGCGCAGCACCUCAACGACACGCUCGCCGCGCGCUAACGACUGAUCCAGUGAACGGAGAGACACGUCUCUCAUGCUAUAUUUAGCUAGAAUAUACAGUGUACAUAUCUCUGUACACUUAGGAAAUGAAACAGGCUGUUAAAGUAACAAUGUUUUCUGAUGGGUUCAUUUGAACAAGUAAUGUAUGUACAUGUUUUUUGACAGAUUACUACGGUUAUACUUGCUUUCAACGCGUGAUGUUGCUCGGUACAACGGUGCAACGUUGCAACGCAACGCAUAUUUUCAUUUGAGUAUGUAGAUAGCAGGUAGUUAGGUAGAAAAAUAAAUUAAUAUCAUAUACUCUUUAUGAUGACUAGUAUUAACAUUUAAUUUACUUGUCCCACGGGUUAUAUUGUUAGUUGUGUAAUAAAGCUAGAAAAUGGGCUGAAUACUUAACUGUAUAUAUAAAUGAAGUACUAUUAGUAAAUUAUUUAUUAAAGUACUUAAUUGUUUGCAACUAACGAGUAAUCUUAGUCGAUGAAUGGUUGUUGUAAUAAUUUAUUGCUAUUGAUCGAGGCGCGGCGCGCUGUGGUGUGAUCAUGUGAUUAAACUAAAAUAACAAGUUUUAGCAAUAUAAA